UUCAAAAAAAAUUGGUAGCUUUUCUACCAAUUUUUCCUCAUUUACCAUAAUUUCCGCCAUAGUGUCGAAAGUGCUUCCUUACAAGAUUAGAUCCUGAACAAAGGAGAGCCAUCAUUAAAACCUUGGAUACAAAAAAAGAAUUACGUUUAUUGGAUGAUGAUGUUAUAAUAACCUGUAGAAACGUACAUAGAGUGUUGACUGAUGACGAAGAAAAUGAUGAUGAUAUGAAUGAUAGAUUAGACCAAACUAAAUUAAGCAACACCAACAAGGAUUCAAAGGCAUUGGUUACGAUUGUAUCUUCAUUCAUUGACAGAUAUAACACAAGUGAAUCAAGCCACCAAGAUGGCGAAGCCAAGUUGAUCAUUGAAGGGUUACGCCCAUUUAUUAUGAACUGUAUUAUUUCCAGCAUCAAAAGUGCAAAAUUUGACUGGCUUACUUACCAUCUUCUCCCACACCCCACCCAUCCCAACAACCAAACAAUGAUAUCUGACUUCACGUUGUUCGUGGAUCCAUUAUCGACAAUGAAUUUCGAAUUGUUUUUCGUGGAGGUGAAAAGACCAGGUAACACCAGCAAUGGUACGUUGGAAAACGACUUGACGAAAUUGGGGAAAGAAAUGCAGAUAGCCUUGAGCAAACUUGUCCUUCAAAAAGUGGAUAAUCCUGUGGUCGUUGGUCUCUUGAUCAAAGGUACCAAGGCAAGCACCUUUAAAAUGGAUAUUGCCUACAAUGGCCAAUAUAGAAUGGUUGAACUAAGCCAAUUUCACCUCCUCCAAGAGUAUACUGAUGAUAUCAUGCUUGUGCCCAUAAUCAUGGAAAAAAUGUUCCAAAUUCAAGCAAUCAUAAAACAAACAAUCAAUAACAUUUACGAGGCCAUCAAUGAUAAAAACAUACCUACAUUAGACGCCUCAAAUUAUAUCAGAUACCCCUGCGGCAGCCCAUUAGUUGUCAAAAAAUAAUGUGUCUUAUAUGCUUUUUAUUAUUUUUAUUAUUAUUAUUUUAUUUACAUUUGUUCAAAUAUAUUAUUAUUUUUAAAACAUAAAA